GAAGGGCAUUAAGUCCAUCGAUUCAAAGCAGCACCACCGCCCCCGCCACCAAUUGAGCGAUAAUUGCAUCAUCAUCACUCUAACUCCUUUGAGCGCAUUUUUAUAUCCUGAAACACAUACAUCGUAGUUUGGCGAAAUCAAACCCUUGUGGUACCGAUUUCAAAAUGGGACGCCGGUCCGGCCGCGCGGCCGCGCGACGGGCAGCAGCAGCCCUAGAAAGCACGCCGAAACACUACCAAACGAUGGACGAAGAUGAGCCCAUGGCCGACGCCGCACCAGAAGCUGAACCUACUAAGGAUAACGACAACGAGGAUGAGGAAGAGGACCCCGCACAUGAACCCGAGGCUGAGGACGACGACGACGAAAACAAGUCAGGCGGGGAUGAGGAGGAGGAGGACGACGAGCAGCCCGCCGAAGACGCAGAGGACGAGGAGGAAGAGACUGCAAAGUCACCAUCCCCAGCCCCAGUUCAGACUGUCCGGCGCAAGCGACUUGGACGGCCGCCCAAGAAUCGCCCGCCGGACUGGGACAACAUGAUUGAGGUGCCUGUGCGCGAGGGCGAACUCAACACUCCUCGCCGACGUGGUCGGGGAGGCUGGCGGGGCCGUGGCGGCCGUAAGGGCGCAAGUCUUGCACCUACACAGCAGGCCAUCGACAAGGAGGGCACCAUGAUGGAUAUUAUCAACGAUGAGGUUGCGCUUCCGGAGGAUCCCGAAGGAGAGACCAAGGUCGACAAGAACGGCAACCUGCAAGGAGGACGCGAAUACAGAUGUCGAACAUUCACUGUCGCUGGACGUGGUGACAGGCUCUACAUGUUGUCGACGGAGCCUGCGCGUUGCGUGGGAUUCAGGGACUCUUACCUCUUCUUUACCAAACACCUGCGGUUGACCAAGGUCAUAGUAGACGACGAGGAGAAGCGGGACAUGAUCGAACGUGAGAUCAUCCCACACAGCUACAAAGGUCGGUCAAUAGGUAUUGUCACGGCACGAUCUGUAUUCAGGGAGUUUGGUGCUCUCAUCAUUGUCGGUGGUCGCCGCAUCAUAGACGAUUAUGAGGUGGCCAAGGCGAGGAUGGAGGGUAUUGUUGAGGGCGAGCUGGCCGAUCCAAACGACCAUUUUGUCGUCGGUGAGCCCUACAACAAGAACCAAUAUGUGGCAUGGCACGGUGCUUCUAGCGUCUAUCACUCUGCGGCGCCUGUGGUUCCGCAGCAGACUGGUGUGUUUGUGGCACCCAAAAAGCGGCGUGUUGCUGUCAAUGACACCAAUUGGAUGUAUGAACAUGCAAAGGAGGCCAGCAACUUCAACUCUAUCUUGACCGGUAUGCGCCAGGCCAACCUGCAUGGAGUCUACGACAUGCACACAAAUAUGAUGCACUACCCGGCCACGAUGCAGCCUACUCAUGCUCGAAUUGAAGCAGUUCCGCUCGAACCGCAGCAGUCUGAGCAAUCAAAAGCACAAGAAAAUGACGGCACGUCAAGCUCCACCAUCUUUAAGCCUCUCCCGCCAACCGUGCCCCGCAACUUCCGCGUGGUCGAUACUGUCCUCGAAACGCCGCCUUCAGGCAUCGCGCCAGCCUCGUAUGACCGGCGCUUCUUCCUAGACGGCGAUAGGGCGGGUGGUAAGAGUAGCAGCACUGACUUCCUCGCGCCGUUCCGCGGCCUCUCGGCUGUCCCGGAUGAAAUCAGGGACCUGCUGCCGACCGAGUGCCGGGCUGCAUUUGAUCAGGCGCAGCAGCGGGAGCGUGAGUGGCACUCCAAGUGGGGACCGGAGAAGGAGGCCGCAUGUAGAAGGGAUCCGGUCAUUGACAAGGCGAUAGUCCCAAUGGUGAAGAUGGUGUGAAGACUUACGAGAGAGGUUCUGGAGUGUUGGUACAGGUAAUCGUGCAUAUGUGCGAGUAAUCAUGAGGAAGUUUGGGUAGUGAGGCAUGUGUUCACGGGGUAAACAUACACCAACCUCACACGACUGGCUUCUUUCAUUCUACUGUCCGAGCCGCGUAAUCUCGCACCAUAUGCCUUUGUAUGAUAGGUAUUUUUCUGCCCUCUAGGCGUUACAAAAGGAGUUCUGGGGCCAGCUUUGUUGGUGUUUAAGAGACGAUACAAUGUUUUAUUCACGUAUAGUAAUUUCAAGACCAUCUGGAACACGAAACCUAAGCCGACUACGUGUCAAUCUAAACCCAACCUCCCCUCCCUUGGCCUUUCCCUCCCAAUGUGAACGAGUCCUUCGAGUCCAGUCGUGGUCACUUCCAUGGUCUAGUCAUCACGGGGAAUAGUCAAGAGGGUUUAAAAUCAGGGUCCUAUGUCUCUCUCGGUUGUGUGAUGCCACGCAAGACAUCUCGUUACGGUGUGU